CUGGGAUGGUUUGGUUGGAUAUCAGGGAAAGGUUCUUAUCCCAGAGGGUGCUCAGGCACUGAACACACUCCCCAGGCAAUGGGCACAGCCCCAAGGCUGACAGAGCUCCAGGAGUGUUUGGACAAUGCUCUCAGCACACGGUGGGAUUGCUGGGGUGUCCUGUGCAGGGACAAGAGCUGGACACCAAUUAUCCUUGUAGGUCCCUUCCAACUCCAUAUUCCAUGAUCCCGUGAGUAACAGCCAGAUCACUCCCACAGGGAGCCUGCACAAAUCUUUUCUAUUAAAGCAUCCAAAGAACUUCUGACCAAAUGGGCACUGUUUACAAGAAAUGACCACCCUUCCCAUUCUCUUCACUCUUUCCUAUCCUGUUCUCAAUUCCCAUCCCACCACUAACUGUGGUGGGAGGUUUUGGACCCAAACCCAGUUUAUUUCUGCAGAGUUAAUGGACGAUCAGCUGCUGCUGCUGCUGGAAUCCUUGGAAAGGAAGAUUGUGUCCCAACAGCUGAGGCUGGUUGAAAACCUCCUGAAUCAUGACCUGGAUAAGGGGAAGGAGACUUUCCAUUUUGAUGCUGAGCUGCUUUCCUUCCCACACGAGGAGGAACAGAGGUUAACCACGGAACUGGUGGAGCUGAGUGGAGUGCAGCUCCAGGAAGAUGGAUCAGCUCUCCUGAGGGAUCAACCCUUUGAGCCCAUGGCAGCCUUGUUUGUGGCUCUGUACGCCCUCAACCUCCUGAGUGGCUCUGAGUAGGAGGUACCUGGCCCUGCCCAGGGAACUUCUCUACAAUGUCUUGGGAAAUCUCUGCUCUCAAGCCAGCUUUCUGUCCCAGUAUCAUCCUUGUUAAUGCUCAAGGCUGCUUUGGCUGGCAAAAGCAAAUUUAAGGCUGGAAAACUCAUUAUGGACAUUAAAGGUUGGAUGUUGAAGUGGA